GCCAUAGAAACUGCAAACUAUGCAGAUAGUAUGGCGACAUCUUUGCCAUUUGGUAAAGCGAGAUACACUGGACAAACGAGAGAGAAUCUUCGAAAUGGCUAUGGAGUCUACACGUUUUCAAACUCUUUCUUUAGAUAUGAAGGAGAGUGGAUAGACGGGAAAAUGCACGGGCAUGGUAAAUUUCUGAUGAAAGAUGGCAGUUUCUAUGAAGGGACUUUCCGGGAUGGACAGAUUUAUGGUCACGGUUUCAAGUUUUGGGCUACUACUGGGGACAAGUAUGAAGGAGAAUUCUCACAUGGUGAAAUGAAUGGGCAUGGAAUCAUGCAAUUUGGAGAUGGAAGUCACUAUGAAGGAUACUGGGAAGACAAUAAGCGUGAAGGACUUGGAAAUUUGACUGUCAUUGAUGGUAUUCAAUACCAUGGACAGUUUCAUCAACACAAGAGGCACGGGGAAGGGAAUUGUGUGUAUGCUAAUGGUGAUGAGUAUGAUGGUGGCUGGGUGAGAGACCAGCGACAUGGACAUGGCACACUUAAGCAAAAGGAUGGAAGUGUUUAUGAGGGUCAAUGGAACCAAGGAGUUCGGCAUGGACAAGGUGAAAUGAAACAUGCUUGUGGAGUUGUUUACGUGGGUCCUUGGAUAAAUGACAGACCAGCAGAUGAACCUGUAGCACUGAAAAUCACAACUGAAUGUCCGAUAGAGGUCCACUGUAAUGACCAUUCGAUUAGUGUGACGGUAGUGUGUGUUGAUGAAGAUGGCGAUGUCAUAGACAAUGAAAGUGGCCGGAUGUUGACCAUCAGAGCUGGGAGACAAGUCAAGCAGAAAAGUAGUGAGAAACUAACAGAUCUAAUUGACACUCCAUUUGGCUUUAUCGUUGAACCGUAUGACAUUCGGGAAUUGCCGAUUCUUGAAACUAGUAGUAGUUCUGUGGCUGUACCUGCAUUUGGGAAAGAUUCAUGUACAUCUUCUUCUGCAAACUUGCCAGAAAUUGGUGUUGAGACUUCGUCUCCUCCACCAGCUGUUGUUAGUACUGUUGAAGUAGUUCAUAGUACAGUACAAAGCACCUACACAUCACAAGUAGAGUUGAGUGCAGGAGAAUCUUCUGUAACGGCAUAUUUGGAUUCAACGACAAGUUUACUCAACCAUGCAACAGCAGAGCUAGAAACAACGUUUUUAUGUAACUUGCAGCAAGUUGGUAAUGUAGCAACAGUCAACGGGAGAGCUACGUUCUCUAGACUGUUCAUUCCACCAUUGCCUCUCCCAUGUGAUAUGGAAAACUCUCAUUCUCGACAAGAUGUUAUUGAUUGUGUUAGAAAAGGUGGAGAGUUAUCAAGUGAUGAUCCUAGCAAAUUGAAAUUCACUAGUUCAUCUAAGGAAAGCUUAAAGCAAAUGGAACCACCUUCACCGGUGCCUUCAUAUGUUAGAGGAAAGGGCAAUCGAAAUCAGAGAAAAUUGUCAAGUGUGACCAGUAGCACAAGUAGCAUAAAGAAAGGUGAGUCAGGCAAGCUUCUGAAGAAAGAAAAAGAUGCCAAUAAACACAAGGAAAUCAACAAAGUUGAAGCAGACAAAUACUGCAAGACAGGUGAUUAUGUGUUACUGGUCAGUGAUGUGACUAACCCACCAUUUUUUGGCUCUGUAUUGAAACCUGCAUUUGCUCAUAUAAAAGUUCUUCCACCACCAAGGUCACGUCGAGGAACUCGCCCCAAGAUAUUGUCUGCUAGUGGAAAAGGAAAUCCUCAAGCUCCAUCUCGAAUGGAAUUGUAUGAGAAGUGACAGUUUAUUUAAUAGAUAAGUUGAUGUGGAUGUGACAAGUCAUUGUAUUCUCUUAAUUGAUCAGAACACAAUAUAUUAAUUAAUUAAUGUGUAUUUGCUUUCUUUCUAUAUUAUGCUGUCGUUAAUGUUACUUAGUUUAAACGGUUAUACUCUUGGAAUUAUUACGUGUAUUGGCUAAUUGUAGUACACUGAC